GCUGCCGCCGCCGCUGCCGCUGCCGCUGCGUGGGUCGGGACCUGCCGGCGGUCUGAGCUUGUGGCGGUUGUAACGGCUCCGCCCGUCAGCGGCGUUAAGGAGAGAGAGAGAUUUCAAUGGAACAGCAAACUGAAUGAAUGCUUGUCUUCGUUUUUGGGUGAUGGAUAAAUUCAAAGAGCAUACAAGUGACUCUUUCCUGGUCUGAGUGAUUUAAGCAUAAAGACAUGUUUAUGUAGGAAACUGAAAGUAGCAUAGCAAAAGUACUCAUGGGUAAGAGAAAGGAAGAAAGUAUUUCAAAGCCUGGAUCCCAUAAAAGGCAGAGACAAGAAUACGCAGAUGAACAUAGUGAUGAGUCUAAUGAAGAAGAAAAUUCACAGUCAUCAGCUGAUAGUAAUUCGACUGUAGGGGAAGUUGGGAUAAUUGAAAGUAUCCAGCUGAAGAACUUUAUGUGCCAUUCAAUGCUGGGGCCUUUUCAGUUUGGAUCAAAUCUCAAUUUUGUUGUUGGAAGCAAUGGAAGUGGGAAAAGUUCUGUAUUAACUGCUCUUAUUGUUGGACUUGGUGGAAAAGCCACUGCAACUAAUAGAGGUUCCUCAUUAAAAAUGUUUGUACGAGAUGGAGAGACUUCUGCAGAUAUUUCCAUAACAUUGCGAAACCGAGGCAGAGAUGCAUUUAAACCAGAAGUGUAUGGUGGCUCUAUUAUUGUGAAUCAGCACAUUACUCUGGAUGGAAGCAGAAGUUAUAGACUGAAAAGCAAAUCUGGGACCUUAAUUUCUUCAAAGAAAGAGGAACUCAUAGGAAUACUGGAUCACUUUAAUAUACAGGUAGAUAAUCCUGUCUCUGUUUUAACCCAAGAAAUGAGUAAGCACUUCUUACAGUCUAAAAAUGAAGGUGACAAGUACAAGUUUUUUAUGAAGGCAACUCAGCUGGAACAGAUGAAAGAAGAUUAUUCAUCUAUUAUGAAAACUAAAGAAAAUACAUGUAUUCAGAUAGAACAAGGAGUAGAGCGUCUUCAAGAACUUAAGCGGCUUUAUUGUAAAAAAAAGGAACGUUACAAAAGCAUUGGGUUUGUGAAUGACAUGCGAAAUCGUCUUGAAGAUUUGAAACAUAAGAUGGCGUGGGCAGUGGUAGGUGAGAUGGAAAAAGAAAUACAGCCAAUCAAAGAAGGCAUCAGAGCUGAAGAAGGAAAUACAGAGAAGUUUAUUCAGAAGCUAGAAGAAUGCCAGGUAAAAGUGAGUGAAGCAGAAGAAAAGUACAAAGCAAUACAAGAGAAGUUAAUAACAGUAAGUGAAGAAGCACAAGCCCUGCAUCCUCAGCAUAUUUCUUUGAAGGCUGAUGUGCAGGCAAGAAGAAAAGCAGUCAACGAAGCUGAGGUACUUUAUAACCGUUUCAAAACUGAGUUAAAACAUCUGGGAAAAGACAAUGAACAGCUAUGUAAACGAAUUGAAGAACUGAAAAGCAGUGCUAAUCAGGUUUCAGAGCCUGAAAAAUUGGAAAGGCAAAGGAAAAUUGCACACUUACGGGAACAGUUAAAGGCAGUCCAUGAUGAAGAAAUAAUGAUUGGUCAACAGGUGGAUCAGUUUCAGCAGGCUAUAUAUAAGUGUAAGGAAGAACAUGCUAGACUUAGGAGAGAAGACUGUGAUGUGAAAGAAGCACUGGGUGCCAAGCAGAAACAGCUGAGAGAGCUGAAAGAUAGUAAAACAAAUACCUUGAAAAGAUUUGGACCGCAUAUACCAGCAUUUCUUGAAGCAGUUGAAACAGCUUACAGGCAAGGGCGCUUUAAACACAAACCUGUUGGACCUUUAGGUGCUUUCAUUCAUCCGAAAGAUGCUGAGCUGACCUUGGCUGUUGAAUGUUGUUUAAAAAGCCUAGUUCAGGCAUUUUGCUGCGAUAAUCAUAGUGAUGAAAGAACUCUUCAGCUACUGAUGUCAAAAUAUUAUCCACGUGGAUUUAGACCUCAAAUAAUUGUAAAUAAAUUUCAGAAUGAAGUUUAUGAUGUUAGACACAGAGGAGUUCAUCAUCCAGAAUUCCCAUCAGUUCUCACAGCAUUGGAAAUAGAUCAUGCAGUGGUUGCCAAUUGUUUGAUUGAUGUGAGGCGUAUAGAAGCAGUCCUGCUGAUUAAAAGUAGCCGUAAAGCUCGUGAAGUAAUGCAGUUUAAUCGGCCCCCAAAAAAUUGUAGAGAAGCUUUCACUGCUGAAGGUGAUCAAGUAUUUGAAAGACGGUAUUACUCUUCUGAUUACCUCAGACCCAAGUUCCUAAGCAAAGAUGUUGAAGCGGAAAUAAGUCACUUGGAGAAAGAAAUUGAAAACAAAAAGUCACAGUUGACAGCAUCUCAGCAACGUUUAUAUUCCAUUGAAAAGGAGAUUAGGCAGAAUGAAGAUCAUCUUCACAGUCUUCGACGACACCAAAAAGAACUACAGAUAAAAAUAAGAACAACAAAUGCAGAAAUAGCAGAUAUUGAAAAUAUGGAAGAACACCAGUCAGUGGACAUCCGUACAUUAGAAGAUGAAGCUGAAGAAAAUAAGGGUAAGAUGGAAUCUGUAAAAAAAGACAUGCAGCAACAAAGCAGAAAAAUGGAAGAACUGAAAAAUACUCUCCAGUUAGCUGAAAAAAAGUUAGAAGAAAUGAAAGAAAAAAUUCAUCAAGUAGAAGAAAUUGCUGGUCCAAUUAAGGAUGAAUUAAACCAAGCUGACUCAGAAGUGGAAAACAGUAAACGCCGUUUGCAGCACUAUGAAGACAAACAGAAAGAACACUUGGCUUGCAUAAAAAGACAUAAAGAAUUACUAGCUGCCAAAGAAAAAGAAUUAGAGGAAAAAACAGCACAAGCUAGGCAAAUCUACUCGGAGCGCAUGGAGGUCAGCAGAACUGUUAAGAGUCUUGAUGCAGAAAUGAAUCGCUUAAGAGAGAGGAUAAAUUCAGAAAAUCUUCGCCAUGGAAACAGAGAAGAAAUAGUACAGCAAUUUCAUGAUGCAAAGGAAAGAUAUGAGGAUGCAAACACUAAAGUAAAGCAUUUAAAGAAGUUUAUUAGGCUGCUGGAAGAAAUAAUGACUCAGAGAUUCAAAAUAUAUCGGCAAUUCUUAAGGCUCCUUUCUUUACGAUGCAAACUCUACUUUGACAAUUUGUUACGUCUUCGAGCCUGCUCUGGAAAAAUACUUUUUGAUCACAAGAAUGAGACACUUUCAAUAACAGUUCAGCCUCGAGAGGAAGACAAAGCUGCCCUUAAUGAUGUGAGGUCCUUAUCAGGAGGUGAACGUUCCUUCUCAACAGUUUGUUUCAUUCUUUCUCUGUGGUCCAUUACUGAAUCUCCUUUCAGAUGCUUGGAUGAAUUUGAUGUCUACAUGGAUAUGGUUAACAGAAGAAUUGCAAUGGAUAUGAUUCUUAAGGUGGCUGACUCUCAGCAUCAUCGACAGUUCAUUUUGCUCACCCCACAACGCAUGAGUUCUCUGCCUACAUGUCCCCGUAUUCGAAUUCUCCGAAUGCAAGACCCGGAAAGAGGCCAAAGAACAUUGAAUUUCCAAAAUAGGAAUGACAAAAAGGAAGAUCAAUAAGUAUCUCUGUGAACUUGAAAUUGUUGGCAGCUCUUCAAAAACAAUCACUUUUUAGAGUUCAGACAUUAGACGUACCUUUUUUUUUUAAUGUUAUGGGGAUACAAGCCAUUGAGACUAUUCAGAGAACAGUUCUGCAGUUUCUACCGUUAUUUACUGAAUAGCAAUUCCUCAAUAAAACCUCAUUGCGGUGUAAGUUUUAACUCGACUUUGUAGCUGAAUUUGUUUUUAGCUGCUGCACAGUAUUUUGUAUUCUUUAAUGUUGUUUAGUUUUUACACAAACAUGUAUUAAACUUGUAGGUAUCUCUAAAAUAUGAGAGCUAGGUAAGAACUGAAGGAAAUACACUGAGAAAGAUAGCUGCAGUUCUAGUGCAUUCUAACUGUAGGAAUUAAGUCUAGUGAUCUUUUGAAGGCUUCAGAUGUUUACUUCUGAAAGCCCAGGAUAACGGGCCAACGGACUCAUAGCAGCCUUGAGGAGGUUAUUGACAAAACAGGAUCAGGCUUUUUGUUGAAGUGCAUAGCAGAAGAGACAGAUAGCAAUCAUAAAUUGAAGUGGGGAGGUUCUGGCUGGAUAAACUGGUGGGAGGGAUUGCUCAUGAUGAAGAUAAUGAGGCAUUUGAGCAUGUUGUCCUAACAGGCUUAUAGAAUCUCCAUCCUUGGAGGCUUUCAGGGUCUGACUAGACUGCUGCAUCUCCUUCAAGCAGGGAGUUGGACAAGAGACCCCUGACGGUCCCUACCAAACUAAACAAUUCCAUAAUACUGUGAUCUGAUGGAAUAUAAAAGAUACUUACAACUUCAGGAUUAUGUGAAAAUACUGGAGCUGGGGUGGGGGGGGGGAGUCAUACAAAGUGCCUGCUUGGCAAAACUUGUCUGGAACACAAGUCUGGUUUGUUUGUAUUGGGAGUCCUCGAUACUAUUAUGUGAUCAUGAACCAUGUGUUUAGUUUGACUCGAUUUUAUGAUGAAACUAGAAUGUUUCAGACCCUUUUACAAUACGAAAUGAUAGAAUGGCAUAGCAUUAUUUCCUCCUGGUUUUCUUCAUCAUCCAAAAAAUAAAGCAAGAGUGCAGAGGCAGGAGAGAAAGCAUUUAUCUUCAUUAGUAGUUUUAUAAUGAGUUAUGUGGAGAAAAGUGCUUAAGGAAAAUUACCACAUUCCUACUGAGCUAACACUUCAGCUUUCUCCCAAGUUUUCUAUAGACUUACUUGAAAUAUUGGAGCAGUUGGCAACAAUUCUGAUCUUUGAUUCAAAUCAAUAGAUUGUAUUUAUUCUGAUCUAGCACUGUACUUGAUGAAAAUGUGUGCCUGACUGUAUAAUUAUUAUAAACAACUGUUUUCAUGGUAGAUGAUUAGUUCUGAAUAAACAAUUACUGAAGAACUUGCUUGGAUGCACUUAUUUUUGCAGUGAUCCUACUAAGGUCUCAAAACUAUCUUAUUCUUGGUACUUUAAAUACAGAGUUUACUAUACCAGCUACCUAGAGAGAGAAUUGCAGUGCUGAUGUUACAAACAGUCAGAAAAUGUAUCGUUGGCCAUUUUGGAUGGCAAUGCAUUGCUUAACACUGCAUUAAAGUAAAUGGAGCCUGUCCAGCUACAUAAAUCUGAGGUGCAGAGAAAUGUAGAAUGAGGUACUGCUUCUCUAAUAAGUAUAUGUAAACCAGAGAGGCAUAAAUUCCCAGGAAUAUUCAACAUCCUCUCUACAACUAGUAAUUUAAGCCUAAGUGGAAACAAUGGGCAUAUCAUUCUCAGAAGUAUGUAACAUUUUCAGAAUGUGUGUUUUUUAAGUUACAGCCAAAUGUACAAAGUAUACCACUCUUUAAUUUGCUAAGACUAUUACCUGUGUAGUCUAAGUAAAAUUCUGGUAUUAAAAAAUGUAGUUGAAA